AUCUCCACGUAUAUCAUAAAUAUCACAAUAAGAAUAAUACUAAUAUUAACAUCUUUAAUAACCACUAAGCGCUUCAAACUAAUAAUAAUCAUAAUAAGUAUCUUAAAUAUCAUAAUCAAAUAUGAAAAAAAUGAUUCCUUUAGAUAGUCCUGAAAUCCAUAAUACAAAUGAAUUAUAUACAAUGGGAAAUAAUGUUGGAUUAUAAAAUCGUUUAGAUAUAAUAGAAGGUAAUCUAAAUAGAGUUUGUAAUUAACAUGAUGCAUUAAUGCCUUUGUUAGGCUUAUUAGAAACAGUGCCUAAAAUUAAUAGUAUAGAGUAAAAUAUAAAGACUGUAUAGAAAAAAAGUGUUGAAUUUGAUUCUAAAUUAGAAAAAUUAGAAGCAUAGAUAAAUAUUAGUAAAAAUUAAUAAACUUUUGUAUAAAUAGAGAGAAAUUUCAAAUCUACUUCUUAAUCAAUUUCUUAAAUAAAAACAGAUUUAAAAGAUAUGUAAUAAGCCCUUAAUAAUAAUUAAAAAAUCGCAGAAGUAAAAAUAAAAGAAGAUGCCUAGAAUAUAUAUAGAAAUGUAGACGUUAAAAUUGCCAAAAACAGAAAAGAUAUUCAAAAUUUACUUGCAGAAUUUAAAAACUAAAUUUCAUUAUAAUUAAAAAGAAACGAAGAUAUAGAUUAUGCAUAAGUAUAAUACAAAACUGUCUAAAAUGAAGAUGUGAAGCGUUGUCUUGAUGGAUAUGUAGAUGUUAUUCAUAAAUAAUAUGAAGGAGAUAUGAGUAAUUUAUAUAGAGAAAUAGGAAUGUUAAGGAGUGAAUUAGAACUUUUACAUGAUAAAGCAAGAAGAGCUUAAAUAUAUGAAUAAAUAUCUCAUUUUCCAAAAUAAAUAAAUGAAAGUGAAAAAAAAAUAGCCAUCGCUAAUUUAGAAUAACAUGUAUUUUUUUCAGAAAUAGAAAAAUUCGAUAAAGAAAAUUAAGAAAGAAUAUUGUAUGAAAUAGAUUGUUUGGAAGAUAAAGUUUAAUAAAUUAUACAUAUUAUUAAUAAUAAUGGAAAACAAUAAACUGAUUUUGAUAGUGAAAUCGCUUUUCUUGAAGAUAGACUUUUUUCUAUGAAAAAUUAAAUACAUGGAACUAAAAAAAAAUAUCUUAUUGAUGUCAGAAAAAUAGAAGAUAGACUCGAAAAGCUAAUUAUUUUAAAAGAAUAAACUAUUUCUAAUGGACUAACUUCACAUUUUGUUUAAUAGAAUAUUUAAGAUAUUGAUUAAUAUCCUCAUAGAAUCGAAUAAUUAAAUCAUUCAAUUAAUUUAAAUGUAGAAUAAUUGUAAUCUAGAUAAAAAGAAAUUGAUGAAAAAUUAAAUGCUCUUAAAGGUCUCAGAUAAUGA